AUGCUGUCUGCCACACCUGCUUACGCCCUUGCGCGAGCCACCUUCAAGCGUGCACAACGUGGUCUUUUCGGAGGAAAGCACAUUCAGUUUGGUAACAACAACCCUUUCUCCAAAACAAAAACUAGACGUAACUGGCUCCCAAACGUCCAAAACAAGAAGCUCUUUUCCGAAACUCUCGGAAAGUUCUUUGAGCUCAAGGUCACCACAUCCGUUCUCCGUACAAUUGAUAAGAAGGGCGGUUUGGAUAAAUACCUGUUGGAGACCAAAGAUAAGAACCUGUACAGUGAAAAGGCAGUCUCUAUGAAGACUGUUCUUCUCAAGUACCAAUCCCGCAUUACCCAAAAGGCUUCUCAACAAAAGGCACCUUUGGCCUAA